GGCCACUGGGCAUGUCAACAACCCCAGGGUCACAAUGUUCUAGCCAGAAGUCUACUUGGGUAACCAAGUAGAGGCAUUUGUCCUUUUGGAAUAAGGGCAAAUAGCAUAUGGAAGCAGGAAUCCAACCAAGUCCCCCGGGUGCGGAAAUAGAAGAGAAGACGACAGAGGAGACAGAGGCUGUGGACUGUUGAAAUCAGCAUCUGAGCGGGCCCCAGACUCUGGUGAAGGAGAGGGCGGCCGGUAAAUCAUGAGACUGAUUGCCAUCCUUUUCCUCUGCUCCAGGCUGCUGCCCGGCGGAACCCAGGAACCGCUCUCCCAGGAAAUUGACUGCAAUGAUGAGGAUGUGUUUAAGGCUGUGGACGCUGCUCUGAACAAAUACAACGAUAGAAACAAAAGCGGCAACCAGUUCGUGUUGCACCGCGUAACGGAGGUCACAAAGACGGUUGGCACUGACAUAUUUUAUUCCUUAGAGUACCAAAUCAAGGAGGGCGACUGUCCGGUUCAAAGUGGCAAAACUUGGCAGGAUUGUAACUACAAGGACGCUCUGGAAGCUGCCACAGGAGAGUGCACAGCGACCGUGGGGAAGAGGAGCAACGGGAAAUUCUCUGUGGCAACACAGACCUGCCAGAUUACCCCAGCCGAGGGCCCCGUGGUGACAGCUCAGUAUAACUGCCUGGGCUGCGUGCACCCCGUGUCAACCAAGAGCCCUGACCUGGAGCCCAUUCUGAGCCAUGCUGUUCAACAUUUUAACAACCGCACCGAUCAUUCCUACCUGUUUGCUCUUAAAGAAGUAAAAGGGGCCCAACGACAGGUGGUGGCUGGAUGGAACUUUCAAAUUACCUAUACAAUUGCACAGACUAAUUGCUCCAAGGAGAACUUUCUCUUCCUGACUCCAGACUGCAAGUCCCUUUUGAAUGGUGAUACUGGUGAGUGCAGAGAUAAUGCGUACGUGGACCCUCAGCUAAGAAUAGCUUCCUUCUCCCAGAACUGCGAGCUCUUCCCAGGGGAGGAUUUUGUCCAACCGCCCACCAAGAUAUGCGCUGGCUGCCCCCGGGAAAUACCUGUCGACAGCCCCAUGCUCAAGGAGGUGCUGACGCAUUCCAUGGCAAAGCUUAAUGCAGAGAAUAAUGAAACUUUCUUCUUCAAGAUUGACACCGUGAAAAGAGCAACCGUCCAGGUGGUGGCUGGACAGAAAUUCGCUAUUGAGUUCACAGCCAGGGAGACCUCGUGUUCCAAGGAAAGUAAUGAAGAGUUGACGGAGAGUUGUGAGAUCAAAAGUCCUGGUCAAAGUCUACACUGCAAUGCUGACAUUUACGUGAUACCUUGGGAGAAAAAAAUUUACCCUACUGUCAAGUGUCAAUCACUAGGAAUGACCUCACUGAUGAAAAGACCUCCAGGUUUUUCGCCUUUCCGAUCAGCACUUAUGGAGCGAACAAGAGGAGGAACAACUGUAAGUGUACCCCACACUCUCAUGACACCCGUACAAGAUGAAGAGCAGGACCCAGAGAAAGAACAAGGAUCCACUCAAGGGCAUGGCUGGCACCUCGAAGAGCAAAUAAGACAUAGCAUUGACCAUGACCAUAAACUUGAGCAUGACCAAGGCCAUGGGUACAAAAGAGGACAUGGCCUUGGCCAUGGACAUAAAAAACAACAUGGCCCUGGCUAUGGACAUCAACAGGAACUUGACUAUGAUCUUGAACCUCAAAGGGGACAUGGCCCUGAUCAUGGACAUCAAGGGGGACGUGGCCUAGCCCAUGGACGUAAGCCUAAGCAUGGUCAUGGCCAUGGAAAACAUAAAAAUAAAAACAAAAAACAUGGAAAGCACUUGGCAAGCUCAUCUGAAGAAAGUACUGCCUCUGCACAGACACAAGAGAAGACAGAAGGGCCAGCAGCCUUAGUGCAGGCAGAUAGAGCAGCCACCUUCUCCAACUUUGAGGACUUAGAUCUCAUUGAAGCUCUGAUGCCUAAUACAGCACCAGCUCCCACAGAGAGUGCUGAUGAUUGGAUCCCUGAUGUGCAGAUAGAACCAACUAUCCUUUCAUUUAACCUGAUAUCUGACUUCCCAGAAACGACGUCCCCCAGAUGUCCUGGACGACCCUGGAAGCCAGUUAAUGGAGCAGGUCCAUCCACAGAAACAAAAGAAGUUCAUGAUUUUGAUCUCUCUGAAGCUCUUAAUUAAUGUGUGUAGCCAGGGGUAUUUCUUUAAUGUUUUAUCAUCCCCUUUCUUCAUCGUCCAAACAUAAGUAUCCUGAUAUAAAACACAAAAACUAUGAUGUCUCAGAAUAGCCUAGAAGGAAGUAGUGAGACUCUCAAUGGGGACGCUGUCAAUCUCCGUGGACUACAAAAAACCACAUGACACUAUUCUAACUCCUUUGUGGGUUUGCUAAACUAGCACAGGAAAUGCACAAACUCAUGUGCCUUUUGGUCUACUGCAGUCUGCUUCUCUGAUAACAAACACGUAUCUUAAAUCAUACAUCCUCGAUUUUCACACACAGAUUCCUGGUGUUCCAAAUCAACUAGCACCUGGUCCCUGCAUGCAUGGGAAAAUCAGGGCAGGAAAGAGACCAAAUGCUGGCCUUAUUCAUGGGGUAAACAUCACAAGGAGAACUUCUAGAUGCCAAAGCAGUAUAGCAAGGACGAUGGGCUGGCCAAAGGGAGGGAAGGAGGAAGUAAAUUCAUUCAUUGUCUUUCUGUUUCCAAUCUGAGAUAAUUAUAUCCAAUAGGUACUCUCAUUUGACAAGGCUGUUCUGAUAAUUCCUUUUCUAGGUGAGAGUGUUUCCUACAAGUCAAUAUUCUCUGCUUACUCAUUAACCACUCUGUGCAACAGGACUUUCAAAUAGGAGUUUUCUGUUUAUUUUUUGCCUAGGCUAGAUUGAGUAAUCCUUAGUUUGCAGAAGUCCUGAGUUGAACCAUCAGGAUGGAAAACAGAAACAGACUUGCCAAGGAAACCUUUUAUAUAUAUAUAUAUAUAAUUGACAAGAGAAAAUGGAAGAUAUUCAAUUAAAAAGAAUAUAAAGCAAACUUUGUUCAGAAAUAAUUUUGUCAGAAAACUGCUCUCUAGCCUCACUUUACAAUCACAUCUUCUUUCUGCUAUGGCAUUGAAGGCCAUUGGCUUUUGCAAAAGAGAAUCAUCUUUCAGUGCCUUAGAGUGCAACAAAAGCAAGUAUCGUAUGACCCAUGCUGUGUUUCCACUUAGAGAGACCAGAUAUGGCUUUAAACUGCUACACGCACCUGUGGAUGUCAAAGUUACUUCCUUUUGUUGGAUGCAUUCAAGCGUCUGAGUUUUUACUUCAUUUCAGAUGUGGUCUGUAUUUUUAAAUAAAGAACCAAUGAUGCCAGGAAAAGAAA